GUGUGUGAACGAGUGUUGUAUCCAGAAUCAUGUGUCAAGCUCAAGCGAAACAGGGAAGCCACUCGCUGUCCAGUGCCAACAUCGGAGUGCGGCAAUCAUAAAGCAUUACCAUUAUACAGAAGAAAGAUGUAUCUCCAGUCCGUUCUUGAGAGGCAUCUUCUACUUCUAGCUUGCUUCACUCCGGUUGAGCCACCAGCACAGCAGGUUUUUCGACGAACAAGUGAAAUAUCCAAGUAGCGGUUGCCGAAGAUGCCAGGUGGACCUGGAGGACGAACUGAGGCUCGAGCCGUGCCCGAUCGCCAUGCUGAGAUCGAUAAGUUUUUUACCGAACUAGAAAAUGGACCUCCGUCUUCGGGAAUUCCCACAGUCCGUGGUGCUGGUAGAUCUGCACGCCAAGAAAGCACCUUGGACGCACUUCUAGAACCGACAAAGCGCCCACCUAGGACUCGCGCAGGGGUCUUCGAGAGUCAUAGUACGACCGCCUCGAAAAUUCCUGAACGGAGUGGCUUUGGUUCGGAAACCGCCAAGAAGGAAGAAGAUGCCGUGUUAUCUUCAUCUUUUUCAACUAAUCCGUGUCGGGCUAACACAGUGUCUAGUCAGAAAAUCGCCGCUGACGAGGACCUAUCAUCUUCGCGAGAUGGUGACGGAGAGUCAGGAGAUGGCGACUGUCAAUCGCUUACGGCUCCGUCUGUGUUUCCGCUGUCAACAUCGCGCGAAAAGCUAAAGCAGGACCAAAAUGGGAAGGAUGACGAAUUUCUUCUAGAGGAAAAAUCUAUAGAAGAACAAGAAACGCGAAAUAUUAAGCCAAAGCUUGUUCAAAAUAUAAGUAAUAGUUCUGACAAACAGAGAAGCUAUGACAAGAAUAGCAAGCGCAAUCAGGUCGCACGAGGAUCUCAAGACGAGGCACAUAUUUCUGCCGUGGAUGGGACGACCUCAGCAUUUUCAGCACGAGGACAUCAACAGGAAUGUGAUGGCCUCGAAGAAGAGGAGACUCAAGAUGACGAUCAAGGCAAUGAAUGGGAAGAGCAGGAUGAUGACGACCCCUCGUUCUGGUCUUUGACUGAGGAUCCUGCAGUGACAAAGAAUGGGCCACCAGGCUUGGAGCAAGUUACUGCUGCGCAGCGUCAAUAUGCGCUGCAAAUAAAAGCCGAAUACGACAAAAAUCUAGAGGUUUGGCGUAUGCUGCUUGUUGACUUCUUCCGGUUCCGACACAAGAAUCCAGAACUACGGCACCCACGUUGUCGCCUUCAAUCUAAGUAUAAGUUGCAUACUAUUAGUAACACUUACUUUACUAAACGGCGAUGGUGAUUUAGAAUUUCGACAUUCUUUUAUGUCGACUUUCGUGUUGACAUUUUGUUCCUUUAUGUACUACUCAAAUAUAGAGCCAGGGCUUGUUUCGUGUUGAUUUUUAUGGUAGGAGUUCUUGUUCAAUGUUCAUUUUCGGACCAAUGUUUUUAUCAACUACUGCAAACCUAGACCAUCUCGUACUUCUUUCAUAGCGUAAGAUCAAAGAGCUGGUGCGUCGAGGUCUUCCCGAAUGUCUGCGUGGGGCAAUUUGGCAGCGCUUGGCGCAAAGUCGGGAAUUGCGGCAGAAGCAUCCAUUGAUUACGCGGUGAUAACCAUGUGCUUCCAGCAAGACACCGUCCCUGUGAUUCAGACUCUGGGCGAGAUUCUCAUUCACCCACCGUAUUGGAAGAAUCGAGGUGACCUGAUGAAGAAGAUUUAUCAGUUCUUGUGUCUCUGACUCUGUUGUAGAAACAAUCAGUGCAUUCGCUGACUGCAAUAGCUGACACUGAAUACAGAAAGAGCAGGAAGUUCUUUGAUACUAAACUUAAGCUACCUUUCUUCACACGCGCCACGAGGACUCCUCCGCUUGACUUCUAAUACGCACCUCUACGAAACGCUGAAGCAGAAACGCAACGCACCUUGCGAACCUGAUAUUCGACGUGAUAUUAACCGAACCUUUCCCAAGCAUGUCCUUUACUGUGACCGACAGGCAAUGGGCCAAGAGCAGCUUCUGCAUGUCCUCCGCGCCUAUUCGCUUUUCAACCCUGAGGUUGGAUAUUGCCAUUAUGAUGGUGGUGUCAUGUUGUGCAAAAAUCACCCUGAAUUUCACUACGUAUGCGAUCAGCGAUCGCAUGACCAAAAGCUGCUUGAUUUCCAUCCUUCUCCCUAGUGCCCCGUCUUCUUUCAUAGCAUGGGUAUGGGUUUCAUCGUGGGUCUCCUCCUCUGCUACCUUUCAGAGGAAGAUGCUUUCUAUAUGGUUGUGUCGCUGCUGGAGAAUUACCGCAUGUCAGGUCUUUUCAAGCCGAAUCUUCCCCUGCUUGCGAAAUAUUUCUUUCAGCUAAAUCUGCUCAUCAAGAUGCAUUUACCAAAACUCUACUUAUGGCUACAGGUUGUAGUACGUAGACUUUUUUUUUCGUUGCUUAUGCUUCUCGUUCUCGCAAACGAGGAUUAAGUAGAAAAGUGAAUUCGCUUCUCUCUCCACUGUUCCUAGCAGCAGAUACAGAUUGAGAUUGAGUUGUAGAUUGUAUGCUCUCUUUCUCUAAUUUUCGAGCAUUUUCUACUGCAGAAUGUGGAGCCCACGAUGUACGCCUCGCAGUGGUUCAUGACAGUCUGCGUUUACAACUUCCGGUUUUCCACCGUCUGUCGUGUUUGGGAUAUUUUCUUGGCUGAGGGGGUGAAGAUCAUUUUUCGCGUCGCCUUAGCAAUUCUAAAACUGAAUGCUGAUCUGCUGCUGUCCCAAGGCUUCGAGGACAUUCUGCAGGUGCUGAAGACCGCGCCGUCGUCCUUAGACACGGAAACGCUGAUCCAGGUGGCGUUGGGCAUCAAGCUGAAGGCGUCGGUUCUCAAAGAGCUAGAAGCUGAAUUUGUCAAGAGCGGCGGCGCAGCGGGUGCAGGUGGGCCGCCAAACAGAUAACGCGAUGGUCUGCAUGAUCCGCGUGAGUUUCAUUUAAGUAACAUUUAUGAACGAUUGAGUUUAUGACUUCCACUUUUUAAAAAGAGCCGAAACCGAUCAAGCACUACAGGAACAUGAUGCUGAAAUCCGUUCUCAAAUUCUGCUGCGAUGUUAGUUAUGGUUCUGACACAUGGAAAACGU